UCAUGCGACAGGUUUGGUAUAUGAGUGAUUUACCCUUGCAUGCGUCCUGCUAAACCCUAAAUUCCCAAAUGUCUUCCGUCGAGGAAUUCGAAGCCAAUCUUGUCUCCCUGUCCCAUGUGCUGCAGAAGAAAUAUGCACUCCUUCGCGAUUUAGACAAAAGCUUGCAAGAAAUUCAAAGACAAAAUGAACAACGUUGCGAAAGAGAGAUCGAGGAGAUAAGAAAGGGAAUUAGAGCUGGACCACCGGAUACUGCACUUACCCGGUUCUCGGAUGAAGCACUUGAUGAACAAAAACACAGUAUCAGGAUUGCCGAUGAGAAAGUCGCCUUGGCUAUGCAGGCUUAUGACUUGGUCGAUAUGCAUGUUCAGCAACUCGAUCAAUAUUUGAAGAAGUCGGAUGAGGAGAUGCGUCGAGAGAAAGAAGCUGCUGCUCCAUCAUCAAAUGUCGGCAGCAGCGGAAAAGCAGGGAGGUCCAAUGAAAGUGGAAGAGGUGGACGUAAAAAGACAAGAUUGGCAACAGCAAAUGCUGUAGCAGCAGCAGCUUCAACAGCAGCGACAGCGGCUGCGUCAGCCUCGGCAGGGAAUCCGAGUGGGAUGGAUUUGGAUCUUCCCGUGGAUCCGAAUGAGCCCACUUACUGCAUUUGCAACCAAGUUAGCUACGGGGAGAUGAUCGCUUGUGAUAAUAACGAGUGUAAGAUCGAGUGGUUCCAUUUCGGAUGCGUCGGGCUGAAGGAACAACCAAAGGGAAAAUGGUACUGCCCUGAUUGCGCCUCCCUCAAGAAUCAUCGCAGGAAAGGCCGAUGAAGUCAGCCAAAAAAAAAUGGUAUUUGUAACUUUUUUGUUUGAGAAAAUAUCUGAAUCCUGUAGAAGUAAGGAACUCAUCAACUGCCGAAUCCUGGUUUUUGUCAGAGUUUCUGGUAAACUGUAUGUAAGUAAGGUCCCAGACAAAAGUCUUGUGUUUUUUUCACUGACCAGAUACAUCAACUUUCAGUUCUUCCCUUUCUUCACCACAUUUGCAAACCAACAGUGGAUGUCUAACUUUUAGAUACCGAUUUUUUUUAGCACAUAAUAGAUUUUUUUUUUU